AUGGGUAAGCCGAAGUAUAUAUUACUAGUUAGACAUGGUGAGUCAGAAGGAAACUGUGACAAAACAGUGAAUAGAUAUACCCCAAACCACAGAGUUGCCUUGACAGAAACAGGACACUCGCAGGCAAAGGCUGCUGGUUUAGUUUUACGUGAAUUCUUACUGCAAGAACAUCUUUAUAAGGGUAAGUGUGAAAAUGCCAGAUCUAUACUCUUUUACACUUCGCCAUACACAAGAGCAAGGCAAACAUGCAAUGACAUAAUCAAGGGAAUAAAGAACCUACCAGGUGUAAGCUAUAGUGUUCGGGAGGAGCCCAAAAUGAGGGAGCAAGAUUUCGGAAAUUUCCAAAGCACGCCGGAAGAAAUGGAACAAAUAUGGGAAGAGAGAGCUCAUUAUGGUCAUUUUUUUUAUAGGAUACCGCACGGAGAAAGUGCAGCUGAUGUUUAUGAUAGAAUUUCAAGUUUCAACGAAACGCUCUAUAGACAAUUUCGCUCUGAAGACUUCCCAAACAUUUUGGUGCUAGUCACCCAUGGAAUUUGGGCCAGGGUGUUUUUAAUGAAGUGGUUUAGAUGGAGCUAUGAAGAGUUCGAGUCUUUAAGAAACAUACCUCAUUGUCAAUAUUUAAUUAUGAAGAGAGAAGGAAAUGGAAAGUUUCAUCUAAAGACUCCUUUGAAGACAUGGGAUGAUUUACUGGAUGGCGAUAUAGAUGAAGAGGUGGAAAGAGAGAUCGGCGACGAAGUAACAUUUAACACUAAGAACAAGCUUGCGAACAUGGAUGAUCUUGAUAUAAGUGGCGUUUUGCGUGCUCAAAAGGAUGCCAUUAAAUCUACGAGGGACAAGGAUAAAAGGAUUAAAGAGACCUUCUUCCAUUUGGCAGGAAAGUCGAGGGAGCCUAAUGAAUUGGCUAUCGACAAAUUUGAAAAUGAUAAUCAAAGUGCUCUCAGUAGUGACGUAAAUAGCCGGGAAAGCUUUUUUGUUGAUUAA